GUCAGAGAGAGAGAGAGGGAGAGAAGCGAGAAGAAGGUUAUUUAUACCGGUGCAGAUCUGAUGAUAUGUAUGUGUCACAGUUAUGGCUUUCUACAAAGUGAUCUGUGUGGCGACUAUGCUGACUCUCCUGAUACAAGAGUCUCAGUCACAACUAGAUGUUUGUGGCACUGCGCCGCUAAACACCAGGAUUGUAGGAGGUAUGAAUGCUUCUCCAGGGUCGUGGCCCUGGCAGGCCAGUCUGCACAGAUGGGGAUUUCAUUUCUGUGGAGGCUCCCUGAUCAAUAACCAGUGGGUCCUGACUGCUGCUCACUGUUUCCCCAGCACCAGCACAUCCAAUCUCAUCAUUUACCUCGGACGUGACUCCCAGGAGCUCUCAAACCCUAACGAGGUGUCCCGGACUGUUUCCAAGAUCAUCAUAAAUCCCAACUACGAUGUCUACUCAAACAAUAACGACAUAGCCUUGCUGCAGCUGUCCUCACCUGUUACCUUCACCGACUACAUCAGACCCGUGUGCUUGGCGGCGGACGGCAGCGUCUUUAAAGCCGGGACGACCUGCUGGGUUACCGGAUGGGGAAACAUCCAAAGUGGGGUUUCAAUUCCUUACCCAGAGUAUCUGCAGCAGGUGAGCGUUCCCAUCGUGUUGAACAGUGAUUGUAACGCGGCCUACAGUUUAAUCACAAGCAACAUGAUGUGUGCCGGUCUGACCCAGGGAGGAAAGGACUCCUGCCAGGGGGAUUCAGGCGGCCCAUUGGUGAGUAAAACUGACUCUAUCUGGGUCCAGGGUGGAGUGGUGAGUUUUGGAAAUGGCUGUGCCCUGCCAAAUUACCCAGGAGUCUACUCCCGAGUGUCGGAGUAUCAGUCCUGGAUCAACAGCCAGAUCAGCAACAACCGGCCGGGAUUCGUCGUCUUCAUGGGGAACAAUACAACCUCUGGCAGCGCUACAACCUCUGCGAACGAUUCAACCUCUGGCAGCGCUCACCUUGUUUCCCUCUUGGUUUCUCUGCUGCUCUCCAUCUUUCCUGUUCCCUUCUCCCUCUUUGUCCUUUCAUAGGACAAAUUUAAUUGGUUUUGUUUGAGUAUAACAACAAAAGCAUAACCAGACACCAGCUACACUUUUGAUUUUAGACAAUUUCUGUCAAUUAAUUGAUUAAUUGUUUUGUCUUUAAAAUGUCAAAGAUGUGUAAGAAUGUAAAAAUUAAUAUGUAAUUUAUAUAUACAUAUGAAUUGUAAGGUUGUAAUAUGUCCGUCUCACGUAUUAGUAAAUAUUAGGGGUGUGGAAAGACACUGUGCUCAUGAGACGAGAUGAACAUGUUGAGCAUUAAACACCUAAUUUCCUGCAUUCAUGGCCAUAUUUCUGCACCAAUUUAUGGUGCAAAUGUUUUUAUUUAUGCAAAGGGAAACACACUUGGCAGGUGUGACAAAUUCAAAAUCUAUAGCCUAACUAUAACAGAAUCUAAGUCAGUGCAGCUCUCAGGCAUUCUGUGCUGCUUUCAGAUCAUGAUCAUGUGAAACUGAAACUAACCAACAACAACACUUGUGAUCAGGCAGACAUCUCACCACAAAUCCACACGUUAACUUCAGCACCUCCGAUAAAGUGCAGCUCAGAGUCCCAAACAGAGCAAGGUUGCACCUCAGUUUUUAGACGUUUAUAAUCAGAAUCAGAUUUAUUUCCAGGUGCCACAUGUUCACAUACGAGGAAGUUGCCUUUGUAUCUCGGUGCUUAACAGUACACAUAAACAUAAAUGUAGAAAGAAAAGAAAGUAAAGCGAUCCAAAAUGUAGAAGCAUACAAAAAACAAUGCAAUGUGAGCAAUAGGAAUUAGUGCAAUAAUGCAAAUAUACUACCUAUUACCGCUCGUCACAACUGUUUGAACUCACAGGAGUGAGUUCACAGGAGUGAGUUCAGACUCUGCAAGUCGACGUUAUCAGUUACACAUUUGUUUCCUGCAUGAGAAUGUUUGAGAGUGUGAAAAAUGUCAAUUGCGUGCCACGAGAUCUCAUCACAACCCUAAUAAAAAUAAUAAGUUUAAUUUAAAAGUUUCAAAUUAUAUUGUAAAAUUCAAUUGCUAACUCAUCAUUUAAAGACAGAAUUAUUAAUUAAUGAAAGUGAUUCUUUUUUUAAACUUCAUCAUUUAAAUUAAAUUCUAAAGAAUCAAUUUAACAAAGCUCCUUUUCAAAGUGUUGAAUAUAUACAUUUUUGGUUAUAAAUAAAAAUCAAAAGUUUAUAAUUACUCGAGACUCCAUCAAAGUCUAUUAAAGAUAAUUCUGGCCUGAUGCUGAUCAAACAAUGAGUCUUUCUUCAGUUUUUACCUGAUUUAUUUCUGUAAGUUUGAAUUUAAACAUUCGCACUGUGAAUAUCAGAAGUUUAUAAAAGUGAAGAAUGAGAUGUGACGGUGAAGACAUGUUUCUUUUGCUAAUCUCCUAU